AUGUCUGAUUCCUUCUACCAUACCAUUGACACCGCAAGUUCAUUUUGGGACGCCGUCAAUCGAUCGACCGAGUCGUUGUGCACAGUCGCCACCGAGUAUUCCUUGAGUGACAAUCGUAUUACCACUUCGAAAGAUAAUCUAAACUCUGCUCUAGUGUCAGGCACCUCUACAAAAAGCGGAGAAGGAGAACGAUCUGAAGUUUUGAGAGACAAAACGGAGGAUAGGGUCAAGUGUUUCUUGGCUACUUUUACUUAUCUAGCAGGCCCAGCUAGUCUGGAAAAGGUUCCCGAAACGCAUUCACGGGCAGGGAGCUAUUAUAUCAAGCUUCCGACGAGACCAUUCACUGCCACUAAAAAGACCGUCGGUGCUGAGCCCCAAGAACGGGAAGAGUUGGACUCAUUCUACAGAGUAUUUCGAGAGAGGCUUUCCGAGGACGAUCAUCACCUUUACAAUGAUCCAGAUUGGCAAAAGGUGAAAGAGCUUGAUUUUUCCUUGAUUCCUGGCGAGUCUUUGGUGUCGCUAAUGACCCGAAGCGCUCGUUGGGCGAUCAGUGAUCACCGUCAUCGUAUGAAGUUAUGGGUAGAAACUCAGAUCACCAAGAAAUUUGGAGAUCGUAAGCCAAAUUUUGAUCAUAAACAAUAUACCGAUAGGGAGAGUUUUGUAAACUGCCUAUGGCCAGACAGACUUGACGAUGAAGAAUCUAUAAAGCCUAUGGAGCUUGACGAGAUCGCGCAGAAGCAUCAAGAAGAAUGGGGUUGUAUGGCUAUAGGUGAUAAGCCACCUUUCAAAAUUUACAAUGGAGCUGGUGAGAAUUGCAUCGUCAUACCCGAGAUCAAACCGACCACUCACUCGCCCGUUCAAGCUGUUACCUCGGUCGAAUAG